AUGUCGAAAUCAAAAUUGAAUUCACGAAAAGACAAGCCUCUUGAAUCUGUUUCAGCGCCUUUGGAUGACGACUCUGACGACGAAUUUAACGCUGCCGCACUUGUGGCUGAAACUGAGGCUGCAUACAAGCCCCAAAAACGAGGCGCGAGGGGACGACGACGAACUAUAGACAAUAGAGAAAAGGCGAAUCGAAAAGAUGUCCUAGAGGCUAUGAUCGGAGAUCCGUUGCCUCAAUUGCUUGGACUCAUCGAACCGGGGCCUGGGUGCGCAGGACAAAUCAAACUGACGGACAGCUGGGCCUCUGUGUCCGUGCAGCAAGAUGUAGUUUCUGGAAAAGAGCUUUCCAGUUUUGCUUCCACGCAAGACGAGGAUACCGCCACAGAAUCUGAGGACGAUUUGCCGACGGCCACAGGUGGUGUGCUUGGUAAACGUCCUGGUAAACCGGCUCCAUCGUCGCCUCAAAAAAGGCCAAGGCCUUGCGUAUCGUUACAAAAAACUCCCAUACCUUUUACCUCGCAGAAGAAGAAAUCCAAGUCAUUUGGCAACUCCGCGAAAUCAUACAUACCCAAAACCCCUGUAUUGGAAUUCGUGAAACCGCCCUUCCCACCACCUACACACCAACAACACCUUGGGCCUCUCCCUCUCAAGUCUCCGGUACAAGGACAUAACGUUGAGGUUCCAGCCUCAAUAAACCGACAUUUGAGGGAGUACCAACGGGUCGGAGUACGGUUCUUUCAUCAAAGAUGGGCCGAGAGCCGGGGUGGGUUAGUUGGUGACGAUAUGGGACUGGGCAAAACCAUUCAAACGAUCGCCUUCCUCUCGGCCGCGUUUCAAAAAUCAGGAACGGCAUCUGAUGCAACGAGACGACGUGACCGAGUUCGAGCACUUCAAGACGAAGGGCUGGCUCGUUCCGACUUGCCAUCAGCAAACAAAAAGUGGCCAACGUGUUUGGUUGUAUGUCCGAAGACCGUUGUAGGGAACUGGGUAAAGGAAUUGAAUACGUGGGCGUAUUUCGAGUAUGCUGUUUACGGUGGGGAUAAGUCUGAGAGAGAGGACUGCUUGAGGGAUUUUGUUAUGGGAAGGCUGGAUCUUGUUAUAAUGGCUUUCGACACCGCUCGAAUGAAUAUAGAUCAUCUAUUCCACCUUCCUUGGUCUAUCGUGAUUGUGGAUGAAGUGCACAGAUGCAAAAACCCUAAUUCAGGGGAACAGCCAUUCAAAAUGGCUAUAAAGAACUUUGGACGCUCCUUGACUGGUGUAGCCCAGGACGGGUCGGGACCCCAUCGCAAUGGAAAAACGCUAUUAGUGUGCCACUGGCUGAAGGACAAGCCCAUCGGGCCACACAGGCGCAGGUUUCAAAGGCUCGAUAAGCUACUCGCAGACAGGCUAGUGAACAAUUUAUUGCCUUACUUCUUCCUUCGGAGGACAAAGGCGUUAAUUGCUGAUCAGAUGCCUCGUAAAUUCGACCAGGCUGUGUUUUGCCCGCUUGCGAAGACUCAGCUCGAAGUUUACAAAAGGUUUCUAGAUAGCCCGGAUGUGCAACUGAUGGUACGUAAAGAUGAUCUAUGCGACUGUGGGAGCGAAGAAAAGCGUGGCUACUGCUGCUACACGCAUAAUGCGCAAGGCGUUCAUUGGAAGGAUCUCGUCUUAAAAUACAUGAACCUUUUUGUUGAGAUUUCCAACCAUGUCAUUUUGAUAUUCCCGGGUUUCAAGGGCGAGACAGACGAACAGCGUGCAAGGCGGAGGGAGUAUGUGAAGAUCGCGUUUCCGGGACAGGCAGUGAGGCAGGCGGAUAUGAUGUACGGAGAUGAGUUAUGCGGGAAAUGGCAGGUGCUCUCGCAGUUGCUGGACACUUGGAAAAUGGAAGGGGAUAAUAAGGUGCUAAUCUUCUCCAAGUCCGUCAAAAUUUUGGAAAUGCUCGAAGGACAACUGCAACGCAAAAAUUUGAAUUUCUGUUGCAUGGAUGGGAAAACUAAACAAGAAGAUCGUAUGCGGUCGCUCAACAAGUUCAACAAUGACCCAGAGGUGUUCGUCUUCCUGAUCUCCACCCUUGUCGGCGGAACCGGGUUAAAUAUGACUAGCGCAAACAAAGUAGUCAUCUUUGACCCAAACUGGAACCCUGCCCAUGACUUACAAGCAAUGGACCGAGCCUAUCGCUUCGGGCAAAAGCGAGAUGUCAACGUGUACCGAUUGUUGGGAGCCGGAGCACUCGAAGAGUUGAUAUAUGCGCGUCAAAUAUAUAAACAACAGCAAAUGCAUAUAGGGUACGAAGCGAGUGUCCAGACCCGAUAUUUUGAGGGUGUACAGGGGUCUAAAUCUCAUCAAGGGGAGCUUUUCGGUCUUAAAAACAUUUUCAAGUUGCACGAGACGGCCUUGGCGACCAAGAUGAUCAUCGAAAAAGCUAAUUUAGCAGAAAUGAAUUGGGCAUUAGCUAAUAUGGAUUCAACGCCUGAUGGAACUAUCAAGGAGCACACGGCCAGUGCCGAACGUAACCUUGUUGAUUUCAUGCUUGACGAUUCGCCACCGACGUCACAAGCAGACCGUAUUUCAGACAUUUUAAAUAAUGCUGGUGUAGCUUAUACUCAUGACCAUCAAAACGUCUUACUUGCAAGCCAUGUAGAGAGGAACAUCACAUCCGUAGCUAUUGCAGGAUCAAAACGUGAGGAUGGCGAGGCUGGUGUCACUCUGGCAAACGAGGGUGCCCCGGAAAAGAAGCCCCCACCAAUAUGGCCACCAAGACGUAAAACAACUGCUCCUGUGGAUAGUGCACCGAGAUUGGAGGCCCGAGUCGAGGCCCUCGUUGAAAUGGGGUUGAUUCAAAGCCGAAAUUCGUUGGCUAGCUUUGGGCGCGAUUUCGCAUUGAUGCCUGAAGCUGAACAAAGGCGGAUUUUGACCAAGGCUGAUCGGUUAUCGGCACGGAAGCAGCUGUCCCGGAGCCCCCCGUUUGACUACUAA